AUGGGUGAAGAGGCUGGGAAAGAAGUAGAGUUUGAACAACCAACUGACAAGAAAAACGAAAGGAAGGAAACACCUGCAGUGAGAGCACCCAGCCCCGUGAAGGCUUAUGUGCCACCAAUCCCCUUUCCUCAAAGGUUACAAAGAAAGAAGUUGGAUAAUCAGUUUGCCAAGUUUGUGGAGAUUUUCAAGAAACAGCACAUCAAUAUUCCUUUUGCAGACGCAAUUGCCCAAAUGCCCAGCUAUUCAAAAUUCUUGAAAGAGAUCCUAUCUAACAAAAGGAAGCUAGAAGAACAUGAGACAGUAUGCUUGAACGAGGAGUGUAGUGCAAUACUAUUGAGAAAGCUACCUCCUAAACUAAAAGACCCAGGGAGUUUCACUAUACCUAGCACAAUUGGUUCUAAUUUCUUUGAACAUUCUUUAUGUGAUUUAGGUGCCAAUGUUAAUUUGAUGCCUCUCUCUGUUUACAGGUCUCUUGGAUUAGGAGAAGCAAAACCUACAACAAUCUUUUUAUAA